AUGGAAGAGCUGGCCAAGCUAUUGGAACACCAAACUAAAAUCUUCGAGAAACUACUUCGUCAGCAGCGCGAGCCUCAAGCGGUAGCACUAGCUCCUCAAAAUGUACCGCUUCCUCCGCCAUUUUGUCUCGAAGGUGACAUGGACGAGAAUUUCUCGUUUUUCAAGGACAACUGGGAAAAUUAUGCCAGUGCGAUUGGCAUGGACAACUGGCCAGCAGAGGAAAAUGCCAAAAAAGUGAGCUUCCUGCUAUCAAUUGUUGGCACGGAAGCACUAAAGAAAUUCUGCAAUUUUGAUCUAACAGCAGAAGAUAGAGUAUCGCCGGCUACCGUGCUGGCAGCUAUAAAGCGCAAAGUAACUCGCACCAGAAACAUCAUCGUGGAUAGAUUGAAUUUUUUCACGGCCGGUCAGACCGCAGAGGAGAGUAUCGACGACUACGUGGCUCGUUUGAAGUCCCUGGCAAAGCCUGCCCGGCUUGGACUUCUGGAAAACGAUAUGAUUACAUACAAGUUAGCUACCUCCAAUAAGUGGCCACAUCUACGAUCGAAAAUGCUUACGAAGAACAAUCUUACAGAAGCAAAGGCGAUUGAUUUAUGUCGGGUGGAAGAGAUUACGACAAAGCACGUACAAACACUUUCAGUAGAUACACUGUCGGAAGUAAACAAAAUCAAAGCAUCAUCAUCGAAGGCCCGCUUGUGUAAAUUCUGUGGUGACUGGCAUGCAUUUACGAAAGGUUCAUGCCCAGCCUACGGUAAAAAAUGCAAACUAUGCUCUGGAAAGAAUCACUUCGAGAAAGUUUGUCGAAAAAACCCGUCCCGUUCGUCGAAUCGCAGACGUGUACGCAGAGUAAAGAAAAUAAACGAGGACACCUCGGAUGACAGCGACUCAGAAAACGAAUACAGCGAACAGUCUGUAGAAUCAGAAAUAGAAGGGGAAAUCGGCAAGAUCUUCGACAACUCGAAGAAAGGCGGCAACGUACUGGCAGAAGUGUCCCUGAAAAUUAAAGACAAUUGGACCGUUGUUAAAUGUGAGCUAGAUACAGGCGCCAAUACCAGCUUGAUUGGACACGAUUGGUUACGCAAGCUGAUGGGUGAAUCGGAUCCGGAACUGCUCCCAUCACCAUACAAGCUCCAAGCCUUUGGUGGUGGCACUAUCAAUGUCCUUGGUCAAGUCAGGUUACCUUGCAAGUGUCAAUCAAAGAAGUAUUUACUUGUAUUGCAAGUCGUCGACGUUAGCCAUAGGCCAUUACUGUCCUUGAAGGUGUGCACAACGUUCGGUUUGAUCAAGUUUUGUAAAUCCGUCAGCAUGGUACCUGCUCAACCAACGAGUGAAGGCGAUCAAAAGGUGAUGAACAUAUAUCGAAUCGGAGCUGAGAAGAUUAUCGAAAAGUUCGACGACGUCUUCAAAGGAUAUGGAAAAAUGAGCGGAGAAAUCACCUUGGAGAUUGAUAACAGCGUCACGCCGGUAAUCCAGCAACCCCGCCGGAUUCCGAUCGCUCUUCGACCGAUGCUAAAGGCAGAACUGGAUCAGCUGCAGAGAGACGGAAUCAUCAUGAGGGAGUAUCACCAUACAGAAUGGGUUAGUAACAUACUGCUUGUUAAGCGUGGCACUAAAGGAUCCGAAUCAAUCCGCAUCUGCUUAGAUCCUGUUCCAUUGAACAAGCCGUUGAGAAGACCCAAUCUCCAAUUCGUUACGCUGGAGGAAAUCCUGCCAGAACUUGGUCAAGCUAAAGUAUUUUCUACAGUCGACGCACGUAAGGGUUUCUGGCACGUUGUGCUGGACGAGGCAAGCAGCAAAUUGACAUCGUUCUGGACCCCAUUUGGACGCUAUCGUUGGCUAAGGCUUCCUUUUGGCAUCUCAUCCGCGCCCGAAAUUUUCCAAUCCAAGCUGCAAGAGAUAAUUCAAGGCUUGAAUGGUGUGGAGUGUCUAGCAGACGACCUUUUGAUCUAUGGUCGGGGUUCGACCGUUGAAGAAGCACUGCGCGAUCACAACGUUAAUCUGGAAAUACUGCUCGCUCGUCUAAAGCAAAACCACGUGAAGCUCAACAAAUCAAAGCUCAAACUCUGUGAGACUUCUGUAAAAUUUUUCGGACACGUACUCUCUACCGAUGGUUUGCAACCGGAUCACUCCAAAAUUACAUCGAUCAAGCAUUACCCGGUUCCAGCAACUAGGACGGAAUUACAUCGAUUUAUCGGGAUGGUUACAUAUCUCAGUCGUUUCAUCCCUAACUUAAGCGCGAAUUUCACGAAGUUGCGACGUUUGAUCUCGGAAAAGCAGCCGUGGCAAUGGACGCAGGUAGAAGAUGAGGAAUUUGCAAAAGUGAAAUCUCUCGUCUCCGAUAUCAGAACCCUCCGAUAUUACAAUGUACAUGAGCCUCUAACAGUCGAAUGUGACGCGAGCUGCUUUGGCCUCGGAGUGGCCAUAUUCCAGAAAGACGGAGUGGUAGGGUAUGCUUCAAGAACGUUAACGAACACGGAGAGAAACUACGCACAAAUAGAAAAAGAGCUGCUCGCAAUUUUAUUUGCUUGCGUCCGUUUUGACCAAUUAAUCGUUGGGAAUCCCUGCGUAACCGUUAAGACCGAUCACAAGCCACUUAUCAAUAUAUUUAAUAAGCCACUACUAACCGCACCGAAAAGAUUGCAACACAUGCUUCUAAACCUGCAGCGCUACCAAUUGAAACUGCAGUUUGUUACCGGCAAAGAGAAUGUUGUAGCGGAUGCAAUCUCUCGGGCUCCAUACGACGAGUCAACAGAACACAACGAAUAUCAGAAGCUAAAUAUCUACAAAAUUUUCCAGCAGCUGGAAGACUGCAGCGUGAUGAACUACUUGAGCAUUUCCGACAGCUGUUUGGACGGAAUCAUGAAAGCCACAGAGCAGGAUACAUCUUUGCAAGCCGUAAUUGAUUACAUUCGAAACGGCUGGCCAAACACUAUCGACAGAGUACCUGCAGGAGUCAAAAUCUACUAUAAAUACAGAAGUGAACUAUCUACUCAAGAUGGGUUGGUUUUCAGGAACGACCGGAUUCUCAUCCCUAAUGCACUGCAGCGGUCCAUGAUUGACAAAGUGCAUGUGAGUCACAAUGGCAUCGAAUCGACGUUAAAGCUAGCACGAGAAAAUAUUUUCUGGCCGGGUAUGAGCGCGCAAAUUACAGAUGUGGUAAAAGAAUGUCCGGUAUGCGCAAAAUUUGCUCCAUGCCAGCAGAAACCUCCUAUGCAGAGCCAUGCUAUUCCAGUCUAUCCUUGGCAGAUAGUCUCAAUGGAUGUAUUUUUUGCGUCUUAUAAAGGCAAGAAACACCAGUUUCUCAUCACAGUAGAUCAUUACUCAGAUUAUAUUGAACUGGAUAUUCUCAAGGACAUGUCAGCAAAAAUCCUAGUCGAAACCUGCAAACGUAAUUUCUCUCGUCACGGAAUUCCACAGAUUGUCAACACCGACAACGGAACAAAUUUUGUGAAUGAGGAGAUGAAGAAUAUGGCUAUCAGAUGGAACUUCAAACAUUCUACAUCGUCUCCUCAUCAUCAACAAAGUAAUGGUAAAGCAGAGGCAGCUGUUAAGAUAGCGAAACGAUUGAUUCAGAAGGCAAAUGAAACCGACCAGGAUAUUUGGUAUGUAUUGCUCCACUGGCGAAAUAUUCCGAACAAGAUCGGAAGUAGUCCAGUAAGUAGAUUGUUCUCACGCAACACUAGAUGCGGGGUACCUGCUUCUUUCGAGAAAUACGCACCUCGAAUCGUACCGAACGUUCCCGAAUCGAUCCUAGAAAGCAAGAAAAAAGUGAAGUAUUACUAUGAUCGCAAAACACGAAACUUACCGGAACUGGAAACAGGCUCGCCAGUUUACGUCCAGGCUCACCCCGAAAGCAACAAGUUUUGGAUUCCAGCCACUGUACACGAGAAAAUGAAUAAUCGCUCUUACGUGGUGAGCACAAAUGGUUCCUGCUAUCGUAGAGAUUUGGUGAACAUCAAACCGCGUAAUGAACCAGCAACAAGCUCUCUCGUCUCGAUUCCCGAAAGUUCACAACAAGACAAUGUAAACACUGAUUCAGUCGUUACUCCGAAAAUGAGGACACAAAUGGAACCGCAAGCAACCGCCGGGAUGGAUGUCAUCGAUGUCAUCGAAGGAACAACACCAGCAACACCAAUAACAUCAAAGACUGCUAUGCGAGCUGAUGCACUUUCUGAUGCACCGAUGCGUAGAUGUGGAAGUCACAUUGACGAUAGGGAUGACAUCCAGCACUACACGGCAGACGACUGCCAGGUAACGCCCGUUAUCCACGUGCUCCAGUAUCCGGGAUGCGUCCCGAAGCCGAUCCCAUCGUUUGCGUGUGUUGGCCGCUGUGCCAGCUACAUUCAGGUGUCGGGCAGCAAGAUCUGGCAGAUGGAACGGUCCUGCAUGUGCUGCCAGGAGUCGGGCGAACGGGAGGCCUCCGUUUCCCUGUUCUGUCCGAAGGCGAAAGUCGGCGAGAAAAAGUUCAAAAAAGUACAUCCAUAUGUGCACUCACUAUCAGAAACGGUCGUCCUAUCUGUAUGCUAA